CGGAGCGUUCGUGGAGUUUUGUUUGCUGGGGGUUAAGUAGUUAACUUUUCCACGUUUACCGCGGCAAUUAGGGUGUAUGUAUUAGGGUUGGUUUCUUUUUUUUGCCAAGAGGGAGCGAUGUCUGAUAGCCCAGCUGACCUGAGUGAGAGUAAUAAGAAGGCUUCAGUAUCCAUGGAAGGAGAGCCCCUGAUGCUGGUUGACAUUCCUGAUGCGCUCAGCGAGAGAGAAAAGGUUAAAUUCACAGUUCACACUAAGACCACCUUGCCGUCCUUCAAGAAAGCUGACUUCUCGGUGAUCCGUCAGCACGAGGACUUUGUCUGGCUGCACGACGUCCUGGUUGAGAAUGAGGAAUACGCCGGGAUUAUUAUUCCUCCAGCGCCUGCGAGGCCUGACUUCGACGUUGCGAGGGAAAAGAUGCAGAAGCUGGGAGAAGGGGAAGGAUCGAUGACGAAGGAGGAGUUCAGUAAAAUGAAGCAAGAGCUCGAGGCGGAGUAUCUGGCUGUCUUUAAGAAGACUGUGUCUAACCAUGAAGUGUUCCUCCAGCGACUAGCAAGCCACCCUGUGCUGACCAGCGACCAUAACUUCCAUGUUUUUCUGGAAUAUGAUCAGGAUCUGAGUGUCCGCAGGAAAAAUACUAAGGAGAUGUUUGGUGGCUUUUUAAAGAGCAUGAUGAAGACUGCUGAUGAAGUCCUUGUCUCUGGGGCCAAGGAUGUUGAUGAAUUUUUUGAACACGAGAAGAUGUUCCUUGUAGAGUAUGGAACCAAAAUUAAAGACACUGCACUAAAAGCAGAAAAAAUGACAAAAACUCACAAAAAUGUCGCUGAUGAUUACAUUCACUUAUCUGCCUCCUUCAACGAGCUUAGUGCGGAAGCAAAGUCUCCCUUGACCAAUCACUACGUAAAACUUGCUGAGUUGUUCGAAAAGCUUAGGAAAGUAGAGGGAAGAGUCUCCAGUGACGAGGAUUUGAAGCUGACGGAGCUGCUGAAAUACUAUGUGAGGGACAUACAGGCGGCAAAGGAUCUUCUGUACAGGAGAGCCAGAGCUCUCGUGGACUUCGAAAAUGCCAGCAAAGCUCUGGACAAAGCACGGAUUAAAGGCAAAGACGUGAAACAGGCAGAGCUCCACCAUCAAUUGUGCUGCCAGAAAUUUGAGAAGCUGUCAGACUCUGCCAAGCAAGAGUUGACUGCUUUUCGAAGCAGAAGGGUGGCAGCGUUCCGCAAAAGCUUGAUUGAGAUGACCGAGCUGGAGCUGAAACAUGCCAAGAACAACGUACAGAUGCUGCAGAACUGUUUGACCGCACUGAGUAACUAGUGGCGCGUGACUGAAUGAGACCGGAGGUCCUCACACCGGCCUUACUUCGCCCACUGAAGGGACUUGAUUAUAACCUGUGGCCCAAAGUCAUUGCUACCCUGGCUGCUGCUGCAGUGACUACCAUCACGAGAUGGGCUACACGCUGUUGUUUAGCAGUGUGCAUCUCUGCUGCGGCUGCUUAGCUCCUGAAAUCUUGGAUAAAGUGUGAAGUUUUUUUUUUGAAGAAGUUAAGCUUUGAUCCACACAAGUGCCUAACCGUUGUGGUACUUCAGAGUUCCAAAAUCGAAGCUGGACCAAAUUUUGUAAGAUAGUGUUCUCCGAAGCAAAUUUAGUUUUGAUACAAAUAGCAAGUGUUAAAUGGACCUUCCACAGUAAUGCAAGCCUAGAUUAAUCAAGUGACGGUUCAAAUCAAAUUGGGCAACUGUUUUAACAAUUAUUCCAUUGAAAGUGUGUGUGAGGACCAAUUUUUUUUUCACAACUGAGUCUUCAUGUUUGUAACACUGCACUAACAACUUCUAAAACUCGUUCUUUUUCUGAUCAAAUCCUCUUUUGGUUGGACACGCAGACAAAACGAUGUUAUUCCAUUUGCUUCCUACAGUAAGUACAAUUUGCAAAGAGCUGAAGUUGAAAUUUAAGCAGUCGCAAGCUUUGCGAUGCGACUGCCCAGAUGUACCUUGUUUGUAGUUAACACCCCUCUAGUGUCAAAUAUGCACCUCCACCCCCUCCCCUUUGAACUCUAGCUACAAAUCUUCUAACUACUUACUUUGGGUAAAAGCCCUCUGAACUGGACAGCUGCUUGAAAGUAAUUAUGGCGUGCUUUUUCAGUUUUGCUCAUUAGAAUCCGAGUGCAAGAUAUUAUUGGGAUGACUUCAUUACGAUGAGUUGGAGGAGGAAGGAUUCGUUUAGUUGGGGAUUGUAACCCCAGUUCCUAACCUGGUGUCUGCCACAUCAGAUAACAGUGGAUGAGCUUCUGUUGAAUUUAGAGAAUGUAUGCUAGCAUUGCUGCCAGUGUCUGCAUGUAUAUCAAACAAUAUUCCACCCCAAACUUUGGUUCUGGCUUGUUUUUACAGUCGCAGAUCUCACUAGUUCUCCCUGAGUUAAUCGUAUCUCUCCUUGUUCCUUCUCUCUCGUUGCUCCCCUAUGUUCUCCACCUUCCCCUGCCCCCACCCCCACCCC